CUCCCAGGUUAGCGCGCGCUCAGGCCAGGCCGCCCCUCUCUGCGCAGUCUGGAAAUGCACUUCCGGUUGGUGAGACGUGGCUGACAGUGGAAAAUCCUUCAGGAGGGAAAUCAGGAGACUGUCUGCUGCAGUGCUCCUGCUCUUAGACAGAAGUGCCUGGAUGGCAGGGUCAAGCCGGAGUAAAAACUGUAGGAAUUUCAGCCGGAUUAUUUUCCCGUGUUGGCAGUAACGACCUAAAAGGUUCCUCUCUGCCUUACAGCACCCUACAUGCUUCUUCCAAGUACUUUGCGGAGGUCUGGGCUGAUGAGCGCAGGACCUGAGAAACCCGUUUGGGCAUUUGCUGUGCUGCUCCUUGGCGCCGCCCUACUGGCAUCAUCCCUUGGUGGGAAGAUGAUGGCUCAGAUUGCUGUGGCCCAAGCAAAGACUGCACCUGCAGGACCAGGACCAUGGGGCAUUAAGAACCUUCUAGACCUCCAGUACCUGGAUGAGCUGUUCUCCAUAGAUAACCUAGAUGUUUGGUUCUGCUCCCUUGUGGGAUCGAUCGCCGUCGGACUCAGUGGCAUCUUUCCACUCUUAGUGAUACCCAAUGAAGCUGGAACAGCUUUGAAAACUGAGGCUGGGUGUCAGAAGCUGAAGAAGCUGCUGAGUUUUGCCAUUGGUGGUCUCUUAGGCGACGUGUUUCUCCACCUCCUUCCUGAAGCCUGGGCUUACACUUCCAGUCCUGAUGGGUCCCACAGGCACUAUCAUACGCAGGGUUUGUGGGUGAUAGGGGGUCUGCUGUCCUUUCUGAUUUUGGAAAAGGUGUUCCCAGACGAAGACAGUGACACAGAGAGCAAAGCUACCUGCCAAAGAACUGAAUCAUCUUCAACAGAUCUGAGCAGCGAGGUCUCUGUGUCCCCACAAACAAAUGGCAUCUGCUCAAACAACAACUCCGACUCCAAGCCAAAGACUGACCUCAGCCUUUACACAGAGCCAAAGAAAAUAAAGACAAGUGGUUAUCUAAACCUUCUUGCUAACUGCAUUGAUAACUUCACUCAUGGGCUGGCAGUGGCAGGAAGCUUCUUAGUAAGCCGAAAGGUCGGUUUCUUAACAACAUUCGCUAUUCUGCUUCAUGAGAUCCCUCAUGAGGUGGGAGAUUUUGCCAUUCUGCUGCGAGCAGGAUUUGACCGCUGGAAAGCUGUCCGUAUGCAGCUCUCUACAGCGUUAGGAGGAGUCCUGGGGGCAUGUUUUGCUCUUUGCUCCCAGUCACAGCAUGGGGCAGAGAAUGCCACUGCCUGGAUCCUGCCCUUCACCUCAGGUGGCUUUCUCUACAUUGCGUUGGUCAAUGUGGUACCUGAUCUGCUACAGGAGACCAACCCUAGGAACUCCUUUCUACAGGUUCUGCUGUUGUUUUGUGGGAUAGCAGUCAUGGGUCUUCUCUCAGUCGUCAUGGACUAGCCACAGAUGAGCACUGCUUUUAUCAAGGGGCAUUUAGAGUGCUACCUAGCAUGUUGGAGGACUUAGGGACAGUUCACUCCACUGGUUAUGCUUUAAAUAAUUUUUGUCACCCCCCAAAGACCAUGCGAGGAAAGACCUAAGAAA